AAAAUCGAGUCUGUGGUCAGUGUUUUCUGAUCUUGACGCUAAUGUUAACGUCCAAGAGCGGACCUUUUGUGAAGUACAGUAUCGGGGCUCAGGAGACGAAGUGACUCACGCUCCGGGAGCCAAACUACAUAAAGGUCGUAGUUAUCCGCAUUUGUCACUCAGUCGACGCCGGUCUCUUGAAGUAACAGAAUAAGUUCAUUCUGUUUCCAAUAUAUUUUUCACAAAAAUUUUGACAUACAUAAUACAUACCCGUGUGCACGGUGGAAUAAACGAUAAUAUAUAAUAAUUAUAAACUUUUCAUACUUUUCGAUUAAAACUUAUUUUUAUAGAUAUUGUGAAAUAAAUAUUCGUGUAUAAUAUCAAUCAAUAAAAUACAAUAUUUAACCUUGGAAGUGCAAGAUGUUUUACAAACUUAAACAUUGGAGUCAACGGCUACUCGAACGAGAACCGCAAUCGUCAUCAUCAGCAGUUGAUCAGCCGCAUUUGCGCAAAAAUCAACAGCUGAAAAAAAAACCACACACGUGGAACGUACAUGUUCUCCCAGGGACGGCGACGAAAAAUAAAAAUAUUACGAUCAUCCCUAAAAAAGGAGGCAAAGAUCCACGCGAGCUCCCGCGACCAAUAAGUUUCAACAUGAUUCGACGAUCAUCGGCUCAGGCUGUGCGAAGAAGUUUUUUGCAGUUUUGCUACAGGAACCCAGAUUGUGAAGAGUCUGAGCACAAAGAGCAUUCUGGGACGAAAUGCACGUGCACAAACUGCAGGGUGCUACCCUUGCUGACAGAGUGUGGUAUUUGCCUAGAGCCUCUCCAAGGCCAAAAGGUGCAUUCAUGCCCAAUUUGUGCAAACCUUACGUGCCGGCGCUGCGCUUCUCGUUUGAAAAACUGCGCUUUCUGUCGAUCUUUGGCAAAGCCACUGCCCAACCCUGCUCUGGACAGAUUACUAGAUCGACUUGCUCUUCCCUGCAAGAAUUACAGAUGGGGAUGCGUGGAUUUGGUGGAUGGUGACAACCGGAAAGAACACGAGAAGACUUGUGGUCACGCGUCAUUUCCCUGCCCAAUCGGUCGUCAUAUUUGCAAAUGGCAUGGAGAAUUGGCGCAAAUCGAGGGUCACCUUCAAAAUGUGCACGAACUGUGGCCUCUGAGCGACAACGGAGUUUCCGUAGAAAUUUCUGGCUUCAAAGGGAAAGCCUACGCCCAGGACGGCAGACAGUACACGGUCUGCCUUUCGUGCUACGGAUGUCUGUACGUGGUGAAGAUAAUUUUGUUCCAAGGAAAGUUACGCUUGUCGGUAAUCCAUCUGAAAUCUCAGUCCGAUUUGCGAAAGAUGGCCGAUUCCACGGUGCGAUAUAAGGUCUGGAUCCAUAUGGCCGGCAAUUCCAAAGAUUUGAAGGCCCUGAAGAGAAAUUUACCGUUUAAAAAAAGAAAUUACGAAACUCAACAGAUUGAAGUUACUUGUGACCAGCUGAUUUCCCAGGAAGCAAACGAUUCCGGUGGAUCAGUGAAAAUCAACCUUCUCAUCAAACCAACCGAUGAGAAUUGAUGCUCCCACUGACCGAUCAUCAGUCGUCACUGAGACUUCAUGGACACCAACUUCCGUGAUCUAGCUCUGGCUUCGGCUCGUGCAUUUGUAUAUUCGAACCAUAGUACGUUUGGAAUCAAUGUUGUAUCGCGUAGCAAUAGAUAUUCUGAUAUUCGCC